AAAAUGUCAAUUUCACACGAGAUAUUGUACGCAGAAGUGCACGUGUUUGAUUUAUCAGAAAGCUGCCUGAAAUAGAUAAUUCAGUGUGCAAUAGUGUAUUGAUCGUUUUAGUAUUUUAAUUAUAAAUAGCACUAAUUAAAAGCAUCAUUUACAAUGUAAAUUUACAGUGAGCAAUGUCCAAAGAAGGUUAUAGUGGUGACAAAAAAGAAGGUGAUAAUAAAGUGGUAUUAGAAAGAUUGCAAUCGUAUUUAAAGGAUAAAAGAAGUACUGAAGUUGCGGAUCCAGGCCUCGGCUACAGUAAGCCGAGUACUAGUUACGACCAGGCUCCUCACGCAGUAUCUACCUUUGAAGAUAGUAGCAACAUACUAAGGGAAGUCCUCAACUACAAGAAGGCGGAAUUGCUCCGGCAUCCUGACAUAAUAGCCUACCUGAAGUCUGUCGCCUCUGAUCUUAAGAAGUAAUACGUAAAUAUACAGUAGCAAAAUGGCGAUGGCAGCUCAGAAAAGUGUGGCGUCCUUGAUGCGAAAGACCUUGGAUCGGCAGGCGGCCGUAGCGCGAGUGAAGUUUAGGUUUAAGAAGAAUCAAGUUGAACAGAUACUUUUAACCUAUGUUAGAGAUGGAAACAUCGGACCAUACAGUGAAUUACUCAAAGUAUUACAGGAUUGCCCAUUGACUGAUGCAAACUACCAAAUUCUGUUUGAAGAUUGUCUGUCGUGUGUGGUGUUGCUAGGGCGGGAAAUGAAGCAGUUUGUUGAUGUGCUGUGUAAUGUGGACUGGGCAGGCCGUAGUGAGGACUUGGUCGAGCUGUUCAGCAGGUUUAUGCUGAGCCUGGUCACCGCACACACUUAUCACUGCCCGAGAGUUAUGACAUGUCUGAUUAAAUUAUUUAAAGCUGAUGGAGAGAGUUGGGAAGAAAGUCCUCCAGAGGAGACAGUCAGAUUAUGGUCAAAUGUCCACACAGUCAUAGCACAAAUUGUUGCCAUUAUGCCUUUGACCAGUGACCUCCUGAUACAAGCUGUGAUGGAUCAAUUCCCAUAUUACAAGGCGGGUUGCUUCGCCAACCGGGCAUACGUACAUAACCUCAUCUGGAUGAGCAAGUACAUCCCUUCACUUAGAGAACAAAUAAUGCUAACUAUUGUUAACAGAAUGGUGGUUAUGGACGUAAACGUAGUAGACCAAUCUAAGAACAAGUCACAAGUAGACACAAUGUUUGAGAUGGACGUAGAGGAGACGGAUGAGGUGAUGGAGACUCUCGACUACUGCAUGAUGGAGAUGCUCAAAUGGCUGGAAGAUGAGAGAAACCCCGUGCUGGAAAUCAUGUGCAGAGUUUUUGAACGAAUUGUACUGCCAACUCAUGGGAUUAGACAUGUCCAGUUCCUGCUUUUAUACACAAUUUCAAUAAGCCAGCAAUGCGCGGACCGCGUUCUUAACAACUUGUGGGUCGUGGCUGCCGGUCUACACGGACUAGGACCCGGGGCGUUAGCUACUAGAAGAACAGCAGCCAGCCAUCUAUCAGGCCUGCUCGCUCGCUGUGUCCGAGUACCAAACACUAGACUUAUCAAAUACCUAAAAAUUAUGGCUGAAUGGUGUCAUAGUUACAUAACGGCUACGCAAGAGGCGUCAUCUUCUAGUGAUAACACUAAAGUUCACGGCGCUUUCCAUGCUAUCUGCCAUGCAGUUUUCUACCUCGUCGCGUUUAAGCAUAAUCAUCUAUUCUCUACUAAAGAAAAUAUACACUUCGUGGAAUCGUUGAACCUACCCCGGCUAGUGACGUGUACUCUGAACCCCCUCCGGACGUGUCCCCCACAAGUGACGCGGGCGUUCUCGUCGGUCACCCGCGCCCACCAGGUGGUCUACUGCCAAGCCAUCAUUGAGAAGAACACCCGCCACACUCUGCACUCCACAGACUUGCAGUUUGACGAGUGGUUCCCUUACGAUCCUUAUACAUUACCUAUAUCCGGAAAAAUAAUCUGGCCGCUAUGCAUAGAGUACAAAGACUGGUUGAAGGAUGGAGAUGAUGAGACUCAAUACUCUGGCAUGAAGAGGAAACUGGAGACUGAUGAUGAUGACUACCUUAUGAUGGUCACCCCUUCACAGAAGCUCGCCAGCUCACUGUCCAACUGCAUCUCACCAGGAUUCAAGACUAGUGAAAUGAUAUGAAUCUGAUUUUAAAUAAUUCUAGGACAGGACUAUAUGUCCCAAUUCCAAGUGUCAACAUAGUCAUACUAUUGUAAAUGUAAAAUCGCCUUGAAAAUGUUAAAUUGUGUUGAUUUAAGUUUGAAUACUACCAUUCUGAAUACCAUUAGUUGCACUACAACUACACUAUGUAAUAAGUGUUAAUCUUAAUCUC